AUGGAUAACAUCGAGAAAAUCGUGCAAGCUCAAAGGACGAUUGCAACUGAGAUCGAAGUAUUGAAAAUUUGGGAACAAUACGAAGCCACUUUUAGUGAACAAAUAACAUUGUUGUCAAACGUAACCUCAUUCGCCACUAAUAAGAAUGUAGAAGCACAAGUAAUAGCUACGAAAAACAGCUCAUGUGAUUCCAAUAAACUAUCUCUAAUGAUGCGACGCCAACAAGAGUUUGGCAAAACUAUAAAACGUCAACUAAUUGACGCUAACAUCACCACGGACAUACCUUUAGCACGUAAGGUACUGUUGAAGGAUUCUAUUCUUCGCUUAUGGGCCCAUUUUGAGGAACUCCAUUACAGCAUUUGUGAAUUAGAAUCCAAUCCAGCAACUAUUGGAUAUGAUGAAGAAGGGUUUAUAUCGUUAGAAAGAGAAGUCCAAAAUAUGUCCUUAAAGGUGGAAGAGUUGAAACUUGCUUCAACGUCUUCGCAUACCUCAACAUUAACAUCUGCAUCAAUGCAGUUACCACGAGUAAUAAUACCAAGGUUCAGUGGGAACUACUUGGAAUGGAGGCAAUUUCGCGACUUGUUCAAUGAAGUGGUAAAUAAACAAUCACUUGCGAAUUGCCAAAAAAUGUUUUAUCUAAAAUCGAAUUUGGACGGAGAAGCAGCACGUCUAAUUGCUCAUUUAACAGUAUCUGAGGAUAAUUUUAGUAGUGCCUGGAGUUUACUUUGCCAGCGCUACGAUAAUAAGCGGCUUCUUGUGAAUGCAUUUAUUGCAAAACUUAUUUCUCAACAAAUUAUAACAUCUGAAAGCUCUGAAGCUAUCAAACGACUCCAUGAUACAACUUCUGAGUGUAUUCUUGGACUUAAAAAUCUUGAAAUCAACAUCGAAAACUGGGAUCCAAUAAUACUUUUCAUUUUGACGAAGAAAUUGGAUCCAAUAACACACAGCUUGUAUGAACAGAACGUGAAGGAUCCAAGAAGAAUCCAACAGUUAAAUGAAUUUCUGGAAUUUUUAGAACUUCGCUUCCAAGCAUUAGAGGCAAUUGGAGGCAAGAGCAUUAACAAGGCGUGUUUAAAUACUACAAAUGGAAUGUUAAAAUGUUUAGCUUGCAAGGGAGAUCAUAAAACUUCCACUUGUAAAAAUUACUUGAAAAACCCCCCGGAAAUUCGCAGAAAUAUGAUUCUCAGUGCCAAACGUUGUGUAAAUUGCUUGCGCUCGGGCCAUUUUUCAACAAAAUGCCCAUCUCAGGGUUGUCUGAAAUGCAAAAGAAGGCAUCAUACAACUUUACAUGAACUUUAUGCUGCCAAUGGCAAGUCUCAGGUCACUACUGACUCAUCGCGAAAUAACGAUUCACACCAAUUAGGUGGGCAUGCAGCAGCUACGCUUACAACAAGUAGACCCGUAGAGUUGAAGAAAUCUUAUGGUUUACUAGCAACUGUAAUAAUGACGGUUCUGAAUUCUCAGGGCGUGGAAUGCAAGAUGCGUGCAUUACUGGAUUCAGGCUCACAAGUGAACCUCAUAACAGAACGAGCAGCACGAAAACUUGGGCUAACUCAAUUAUCAAGCUCGCUGAAUCUUAGUGGCGUCGGUCAGAAAAACAAGUGCUCAAAAAAAAGAGUCUACGUAGUUAUAUCAUCUAGUGUAACUAACUACAAAACUGAAAUAGAAGCUCAUAUGUUGCCAACAAUAGUUGCAAAUCAGCCUGCAAUUGAACUGGAUACAUCAAAUUGGGCUAUACCAGAAGGAGUUGUGUUGGCUGAUGCCCAAUUCAACAAACCAGGUCCAGUAGAUAUUCUUAUUGGCGUUGAAUUAUACAACGACAUGGUUCUGCCAAGGAGAAUUUCGCUAGGAAACAAUUAUCCAAUGUUACAAAAAACUGUGUUUGGGUGGAUGGUCAGUGGUCGGAUUUCUGGGUUUUCGUCUUCUGCAUCGAUUUGCGGUGUUCUUACAAAUAAUGUAGAACUCGACCUGCACAAAUUUUGGGAACUAGAGGAGAUACAGCAAGGUUCGUCGGAUCAAACACUUGAAGAACAGCAAUGUGAGGAACACUUUAAUCGAUCUGUGGCAAGAUCAACUGAUGGUAGAUUCGUUGUGAAAUUACCAUUCAAAGGAGAAGUCACUUCUUUAGGCUAUUCGCAAAGAUUAGCACAGCAACGUUUUUUCGCUGUAGAAAGACGUCUCAACGGAGACCCUGAAUUCAAAACAACAUACAAUAAAUUUAUGGAAGAGUACAUCAACCUGGGACAUAUGAGUGUGAUCAACCCAGAUGAUAUAAUCCAUCCCUGUUAUUUUUUGCCUCAUCAUGGAGUUCUUCGACCAGAGAGCUCCACCACGAAACUUCGAGUAGUGUUCGACGCCUCUGCACCAACUUCCACAAGCAUAUCUUUAAAUGAUGUGUUAGCUACUGGUCCAACUAUCCAGGAUGAUUUAUUCGCUAUACUGACACGUUUUCGUUUAUCUAAAUUCGUUUUCACGGCCGAUAUCGAGAAGAUGUAUCGUCAAAUUAUGGUGGACCAAGAUGACCGUCGAUUCCAACUAAUUUUAUGGAGAAACAACGACAAUGAGCCUCUUCGAACUUAUCAACUUAAUACCGUAACUUAUGGGACAUCGUCAGCACCGUAUCUUGCCACAAAAUGCUUGCAACGGUUGGCUGAAAUUGAAGAAAGUAGGCACCCGACAGCUGCAGCUAUCGUCAAAAGAGAUUUUUACGUAGAUGACGUCAUGACAGGGUUCAACAGUAUGUCUGAAGCAUUACAUGCACGAAACGAACUUAUAAAACUAUUGCACAAGGGUGGCUUUAAGCUUCGCAAAUGGUGCGGCAAUCAUCCAAAAUUAAUGGAAGGGUUGCACCCAUCCGACAUAGCUGUACAACUAGACUUCAACACGAUGGAAUGCGGUCACAUUAAGACAUUGGGCCAAGUGUGGAUCCCAACAACAGAUGAGUUUAAGAUACAGAUCAACAAAAACGAACACGUCAAAUAUACUAAAAGAAGUAUAUCAUCCGACAUUUCUCGAAUUUUCGAUCCGCUUGGGCUCGUUAGUCCAGUCACAGUAGAAGCUAAAUUGUUCUUGCAACACUUGUGGACGCUGAAACUUGAUUGGGACGAAGAAUUGUCAAACGAGCUAACCUGUCAAUGGGUGCGUUACAUGGAAAGCUUAAACUGUCUCAAUAACAUAAAACAGCCACGUCAUCUUUUCGGAAACGAGAUUCCAAAAUCAACGCAAAUACAUGCUUUCGCCGAUGCUUCAGAACGAGCUUACGGCGGAGUAAUUUAUCUACGUUCCAUUACGCAGCACGGACAAGUGAUUGUCCGCCUCCUUUGUGCUAAAUCGAGAUUAGCCCCAAUCAAGAAAUUAACAACCCCAAAGUUAGAACUAUGCGCCGCUCUACUAACAGCACAAUUAUUAGCUAAGGUAAAAAAUUGCAUGCAGUUGACAGAUACCACAACACAUUUAUGGACAGACUCGGAAAUUGUAUUGGCAUGGAUCAAUUCAUCGGCAGCCUCCUACUACGCAUUCGUGGCAAAUAGGGUGACAAAAAUUCUCGAAAUUUCCAGCAAGGGCCAAUGGCGACAUGUUAGAUCCAAGGAUAAUCCUGCCGACAUACUAUCGCGCGGCAUUGAAGCAUCCAAACUAAGCAGCUGCCACUUAUGGUUUUACGGUCCUAUGUUCCUGCAUGGUCACCAGUCACUAUGGCCUGCUCCAUUCAAAGCCAGAUCAGAAUGUAAAGUGGAACUUAAGAGAUCAAUACAUGCAGUAACAAUCGAUCCCAACAAACCACAUUUCUUACACAAUAUCGAUCAUAAGAAUUCCUUUUCCAAAUUGGAAAGAAUAACUGCUUAUGUUAUUCGUUGCACACAAAUUCUCCGGAAGGCAUCAUUGGAACAAAACGAAUGUCACUUAUCCAGUGUAGAAUUGACACGUGCUCGUCAAGUGAUCAUUCGCAUGAUACAAGACGAGGGAUUAGCAGAAGAAAAAAAUUCACUUCGUAAGGGCUUAGAAGUCAGCAAAACUAGUACAAUUAAGGCUUUGUCUCCAUUCAUUGAUCAACAAGGUCUUCUAAGAGUUGGCGGGCGGCUUCAAUCUUCCUCACUUUCAUUUGAGGCGAAGCACCCAGUCUUGCUACCAGAUUGCCCAUUAACAAGGCUGUUAAUACAAGAGACUCAUGUCCGCAACAAACAUAUUGGACCACAAGGAUUAAUGGCAAUCAUGCGACAGCAAUACUGGCCACUCAAAGGAAAGAUGACAGCAAGAACUAUUAUUCACAAAUGCGUUAUCUGCACCAAGGCGAAACCGACACUACUAAAUCAAAUCAUGGGAAAUUUGCCAACUGAUCGCGUUGAACCAGCACGAGCAUUUGUAAACUCAGGAGCUGACUUUUGGGGUCCAAUAUGGACUCAUUAUCGUAUCAGGGGAAAACGUCCAACAAAAAGCUACGUGGCCGUAUUUUGUUGCUUUGCAACAAAGGCCAUACAUAUGGAGGUAGUCACAGAUCUUACAACUGACUCAUUCAUCAUGGCAUUAAAACGUUUCAUAGGAAGAAGAGGGAUGUGCCGGAAAAUAUACUGUGACAAUGCCACUAAUUUCGUUGGAGCCAAUAAGGAACUUGCUGAACUAAAAAAUGCUGUGUUCGAUGAAAGAAGCCAAGAAAAAAUACAGGGUGUUUGCUGUUCGUACAAUAUCGAUUUUAAGUUCAUCCCACCACGAGCCCCACACUUCGGUGGAUUGUGGGAAGCUGCCGUCAAGUCAGCAAAAAAUCUAUUUAAACGAAGUGCAUCGAACGUCAGUCUUACAUACGAGGAGUUAGAAACACUCAUAAUAGAAAUCGAAGCGAUUUUGAAUUCGAGACCACUAACUCCGACGUCAUCAGAUGCUAACGACCUAACCGCCAUAACUGCUGGACAUAUCUUAAUCGGUGAUCCCCUCACUGCAACAAUUCAUGUUGACGCGAAGCCUCUACAUUUAAAUUUAAAAAAAAGAUAUGAGCGCAUUAUCAGUAUUAAAGACGACUUCUGGCAUAGAUGGCGGUCAGAGUACUUAAGUGAUUUACAGCACCGAUCAAAGUGGCAAAAGGUCCAAGACAAUGUCAAAGUGGGCCAAAUGGUUCUAAUUCAUGAAGAUAAUACACCGUCACUUCAGUGGCCGUUGGGGAGAAUAGUAGAAACCUUCAUAGGCCCAGAUGGAAAAAUUCGUGUAGCUAAUGUGCGUACCAAAAAUGGUAUAAUAAAACGAGCAAUUCAUCGACUAGCACUACUGCCGAUCGAUACAAGCGAACCAAUCGAGCAAAACACAUCCGAAAAACCAAUAUGCAUAAAUGAAACAAUAACGGAGGCCCCUACGCCAACUGUUCAAGAUAGUACCCCAAAAAAGCGGCGACGACUCAGCAUAGGAAACGUUCUGCUAACAACUUUAAUGGCCUGUUUUGUGACUGCAUCCCAAUGCAGCCCAAUCGUCGAGCAAUUUACCAGACCUGGACUCUAUUUCGAAAACAUCGGAGCUACCAAAAUCAUAUCAAGUCAGUGGAACAUUGUAGUAUACUACAAUUUAUCAUCUUUUUGGAUUGCCUGGGAUUCGAUUAGGUCGACUACAGCAGCCCUUGAUAACAUUUGUCAUCAAAGCGGUGGCCAAUUUGCAUGCGACAGACUCGUAACCUUUUAUGACCACUGGCACAGCGACAUUGAAAUGGAAAAUGCCCUACUCAAAUCCCCUAUUGCAAGAUCGAAACGGGGAGCAAUAAAUAUUAUUGGAAAUGUAGCUAAUUCCUUGUUUGGCGUAUUAGACUCAAAUUAUGAAACAGAGAUGAAACACCAUUUGAGCCAAAUCUACGACAACGAAGAAUACCUUAACAAAUUACUUAAAAACCACACAUCAAUUUUGGACGCAACACUAAACAUCUUGAAACAAACUCAAGACGCCUCAAAACGGAAAUUCACUGACUUAGAUGCACAAAUAAAGUUGAUAAUGUCAACUAUCAAUAAUGUCAGUAAUGCACUCGACAAAAGUGCAUUAUAUUAUACAUUUACUUCAUUGGCGUUGCAAGUACUAACGUUAACUCACAACUUCCAAAUGCAACAACAGGCCUUAAUAGACGCUAUCACCGAUGGUCAUCAUGGCAAGAUUAAUCCUCUACUCAUAUCCACUGAUCAGUUUCGAAAGGAACUGCAAAACAUUCGGACACACUUAUCGCAAAAUCUACAACUUCCAAUAGAAGAUGACAGCAUCUUGGAGUAUUUUCGACUCAUUGAACUCAAGCUAUUUAAAACGGAUACACAGGUUGUAUUUUCGCUACUACUGCCAUUAGUAGAUUCUGAAACAUUUGAAUUGUUCCAAUUAACACCAAUUCCAGCUGCAAUAAAUGGGUCACUUGUCAUCAUUAAACUUUUAACAAGAUUUAUCGGAAUAAAUUUGCAUAAGGAACAACUGUAUCCUAUGAAUAAGGAGUUGGUCGGUUGUCAUGAG